AAAAAUCUAAAGUUUCUUAGCAACGAUGGUUUCUCUUAAAUUUCUCGUGUGUUGUCUUUUACUUGGUAGUUGUGCAUAUGCUACACUCGUCUCUCACGAUGGCCGAGCCAUCACCAUUGAUGGUCAUCGCCGAGUUCUUCUCUCUGGUUCCAUCCAUUACCCUAGAAGCACCCCUGAGAUGUGGCCGGAUCUUAUCAGGAAGGGCAAAGAAGGAGGUCUUGAUGCGAUCGAGACUUACGUGUUCUGGAACGCACACGAGCCUACUCGUCGCCAAUACGAUUUCUCUGGAAAUCUAGAUCUUAUUCGUUUCUUGAAAACUAUUCAAGAAGAAGGGUUGUAUGGAGUUCUACGCAUUGGACCAUAUGUUUGCGCAGAGUGGAACUACGGAGGAUUCCCUGUGUGGUUGCACAACAUGCCUGGAAUGGAAUUCAGAACUACUAACACCGCAUUUAUGAAUGAGAUGCAAAACUUCACAACUAUGAUAGUAGACAUGGUCAAGAAAGAAAAGUUAUUUGCAUCACAAGGGGGUCCAAUUAUCCUUGCUCAGAUUGAAAAUGAGUAUGGAAACGUGAUUGGAUCGUAUGGUGAAGCGGGCAAGGCAUACAUUAAGUGGUGUGCAAACAUGGCUCAGUCUCUUGAUGUUGGUGUUCCUUGGAUCAUGUGUCAACAAGAUGAUGCUCCUCAACCUAUGUUGAACACAUGCAAUGGUUAUUAUUGUGACAACUUUGAACCAAAUAACCCCAACACUCCUAAGAUGUGGACUGAGAAUUGGACCGGAUGGUAUAAAAACUGGGGAGGCAAAGAUCCUCACAGAACUACCGAAGAUGUUGCCUUUGCUGUUGCAAGAUUCUUCCAAAGAGGAGGAACUUUUCAGAAUUACUACAUGUACCAUGGAGGCACCAACUUUGAUAGAACUUCAGGUGGUCCAUACAUCACAACUUCAUAUGAUUACGAUGCUCCUCUUGACGAAUUCGGUAAUUUAAACCAACCAAAAUAUGGACAUUUGAAACAACUUCAUGAUGUUCUUCAUUCGAUGGAAAAAAUUCUCACUCAUGGAAACAUCUCCACCAUUGAUUUUGGAAACCUAGUCACGGCAACGGUUUACAAAACAGAAGAAGGAUCAAGUUGCUUCAUUGGAAACGUAAAUGAAACUUCAGACGCAAUUGUCAAUUUUCAAGGAACAUCUUACAAUGUCCCGACUUGGUCUGUUAGCAUUUUACCGGAUUGCAAAACCGAGACUUACAAUACCGCCAAGAUUAACACUCAGACUUCGGUGAUGGUUAAGAAACCGAAUCAAGCUGAGAACGAGCCUUCAACUCUAAAAUGGUCAUGGAGACCAGAGAACAUGGACAAUGUCCUUUUGAAAGGAAAAGGAGAAUCUAAAAUGGGACAACUGUUUGAUCAGAAAGUAGUUAGCAACGAUCAAAGCGAUUAUCUUUGGUACAUGACUACAGUUAAUCUCAAAGAGCAUGAUCCAGUUUGGUGCAAAAACAUGUCUCUCCGUAUUAACAGUACUGCUCACGUUCUUCACGCUUUUGUCAAUGGAGAACACAUUGGUAAUUACCGCUCUGAAAAUGGAAAGUUUCAUUAUGUUUUCGAGCAAGACGCGAAAUUUAACCCCGGUGCUAAUGUCAUAUCUCUUCUUAGCAUAACCGUUGGCCUUCCGAACUAUGGGGCCUUCUUCGAAAACGUACCGGUUGGAAUUACCGGACCGGUUUUCAUUAUCGGAAGAAAUGGUGAUGAAACCAUAGUAAAGGACUUAUCUGCUCAUAGAUGGAACUAUAAAACUGGUCUAAGCGGGUUUGAGAACCAACUCUUCAGUGCAGAAUCACCUGCUACAUGGUCAGGUGAAAGUGUACCAUUCAACCGAACCAUGACUUGGUACAAGUCUACUUUCAAGGCUCCAUUGGGAACUGAUCCAGUUGUUGUGGAUCUCUUGGGACUUGGAAAAGGUACAGCUUGGAUCAAUGGAAACAACAUUGGACGUUAUUGGCCAGCUUUUCUUUCAAGCGAUGAUGGUUGUUCCGCCGAAUGUAACUAUAGAGGAGCUUACUAUGCUGAAAAGUGUCAGACUAAUUGUGGAGAACCUACGCAAAGAUGGUACCAUGUACCUCGUUCUUUCUUAAACCCGGAUGGAGACAACACUUUGGUUUUGUUUGAAGAAACUGGAGGAAACCCAUCACUUGUCAAUUUUCAGACUACUAGAGUGGGAACUGUCUGUGCAAAUGUGUAUGAGAAGAACGUUCUUGAGCUUUCAUGCGAUGGAAAACCUAUUUCGGCCAUUAAGUUUGCCUCAUUUGGCAAUCCAGAAGGGAAUUGUGGAUCUUUUGAAAAGGGAACUUGUGAAGCAAGCAACGAUGCGGCCACUAUUCUUACCAACGAAUGUGUUGGAAAAGAAAAGUGUUCCAUUGAUGUAACCACCGAAAAGUUUGGAGCACCGGAGUGCGCUGAAUCUGUUAGAAGACUUGCUGUUGAAGCUGUUUGUUAGGUUUUCUUUUUAAAAAAGAUUUUAGGUUUUUUUUUCUUAUGUUUUUGGUGUUUCUUCUUUUUUAUCUUUUUCUAGAUUAGAUUAGAUAGGUUAGUCUUGUUAUUUUCCAAGGAUUUAGGGGCUUUCGAUCUUAGGAAC